AUGGCCGCUCUCAAGAACUUCUGCGCCAGCAUCUUCUACUGUUGUACUAGCCGCAACACUGUCGACUACGAAAAUGUCCUGGCAGACAGCGAGCGCGAAGCAGUCACCGACUUGCUGAACUUCCUCGAAAACAGACAAGAAACCGACUUCUUUACCGGCGGUCCCCUCAAUGCUCUCAGUACUCUGGUCUACUCACACAACAUCGACCUGCAACGAAGUGCCAGUUUGACCUUUGCCGAGAUCACCGAGCGAGGUGCGUCGACACUCUAUCAAAGUCAUGCAAACGUCCAUACUGACGUUUCCUGUCGCANNGAUGUGCGCGCUGUUGAUAAGAACACCCUCGAGCCCAUCCUGUUCCUUCUCGAAAGCAGCGAUAUUGAGGUCCAAAGAGCUGCUAGUGCCGCCUUAGGAAACCUCGCCGUCGAUGGUACCUAUGCCCUGAUUGUCUAUCAGCUAGUACAACGAUUAACACAUGCUCAUANNGCACACAACAAGAUCCUUAUCGUCCAACUUGGUGGCCUCCAACCGCUGAUCAGGCAGAUGAACUCGACUAAUGUCGAAGUGCAAUGCAAUGCCGUCGGUUGCAUCACAAACUUGGCUACUCACGAAGACAACAAGGCAAAGAUUGCUCGUUCUGGUGCUCUAGCUCCCUUGACGAGGCUGGCAAAGUCAAAGGACAUGCGUGUCCAACGGAAUGCUACUGGCGCUCUCUUGAACAUGACCCAUUCAGGUACUGUUCGGCUGCUUCAUAUUGGCUCGCAACUCCGACUGANNCCCUCUGCAGAUGACAACAGACAACAGCUUGUCAACGCUGGCGCUAUCCCCGUCCUCGUCCACCUGCUUACUUCGACCGAUACUGACGUCCAGUAUUACUGCACAACUGCUCUCAGUAACAUCGCCGUCGAUGCUUCAAACCGCAAACGCCUUGCCCAGACCGAGCCCCGCCUUGUUCAGUCAUUGGUCAACCUCAUGGACGGUCAUGCUCCCAAGGUGCAAUGCCAGGCAGCUCUUGCCCUUCGAAAUCUCGCUUCGGACGAAAAGUACCAGCUCGAAAUUGUGCGCAACGGUGGUCUUGGUCCUCUUCUUCGACUUCUCCAAUCAGCCUUCCUGCCUCUCAUCCUCUCAGCCGUCGCGUGUAUCCGCAACAUCUCAAUUCAUCCCAUGAAUGAAUCACCUAUCAUUGAUGCCGGUUUCCUCAAGCCGCUGGUCCAUCUUCUCGGCAGCACUGACAAUGAAGAGAUUCAGUGUCAUGCCAUUUCUACCCUUCGUAACCUUGCUGCAUCGUCAGACCGCAACAAGCAACUCGUCCUAGAAGCUGGAGCAGUUCAGAAGUGCAAGGAGCUUGUCCUGGAAGUUCCGGUUAACGUCCAGAGCGAGAUGACAGCUGCUAUCGCUGUUCUUGCCCUUAGCGAUGAGCUCAAGCCGCAUUUGUUGAGCCUUGGUGUCUUCGAUGUUUUGAUCCCCUUAACUGAGAGCGAGAGUAUCGAAGUUCAGGGUAACAGUGCUGCUGCUCUGGGUAACUUGUCAAGCAAAGUUGGUGACUACUCGAUUUUCAUAACUAACUGGAACUCUCCCUCUGGUGGUAUUCAUGGCUACCUGUCUCGUUUCCUUGCUUCUGGAGAUCCAACGUUCCAACACAUUGCUAUCUGGACUCUGUUACAACUCCUCGAAAGCAACGACACUCGUCUUGUCGGCACCAUCAACUCUGCCGAAGAUGUCAUGCAGAUGGUUCAAGACAUUUCAGAAAGACAAGUCGAGAGCGACAAUGAGGAUGGCAGCGAGGAUGGCGAAGCAGAAGUCGUCGGACUCGCUCGCCGCUGUCUUGAAAUCUCUAGCGGUGACGGCAACAAGAAGGCCCUUUCUGAAGGCUGA